AAUGGGGAGGCUGUCUAUAUUUGUGAUGCUGUGCUCAGUAGUCAUGGCCAUUCCGGUGGCUCGUGGCAUUGAAAAAGGGCCCAAAGCAGUUGAAGAGUGGUUCCAAAAACUGGGUCACGCCGAGGAAAAGGUAACCAAACUUCACUUCUAUUUCCAUGAUGUAGUGGAAGGAAAGAGCCCAACUGCUUAUACAGUGGCCAAGUGCAACAUAACUGACAAAUCACCCACCUUUUUCGGCCUACUUAGGAUGGUUGAUAACCCAUUGACGGCCGGGCCCAAACCCAGUUCUAGGAUAUUGGGCCGAGCCCAGGGAAUAUAUGGUUCAGCCGGUUUGGAGGGAGUUGGUUUGCUUAUGAACAUGAACUUCGUGUUCACAGAUGGAAAACACAAUGGUAGCACUCUCAGUCUUCUGGCCCGGAAUUCAGUAUUUGAUGAGUACCGUGAGAUGCCAAUCGUUGGUGGAUCCGGUGUUUUCCGGUUGGCACGUGGAAUCGCUACGGCGAAGACACAUAGUUUCAAUAUUACUUCUGGAAAUGCUAUUGUUAAGUAUCAUGUGACAGUGACUCAUUAUUAA